CCGCCGAGGAACGCCGGAGGGCCGGGCCGCGCCAUUCCCGGAUCCGCCGGCUGGGAAUCGCUGGUCCCCAGCGCGUCCUGCAGCGCUUCCCGCGCCGCGCCCCCAGCCCGGUGCGCCGGCUCUGUGCGCGGGUGCCUGGGCGGUCGGGAGAAUGAGCCGCAUCUACCACGACGGCGCGCUUCGGAACAAGGCGGUGCAGAGCGUCCGGCUACCAGGGGCCUGGGACCCCUCCGCCCACCAGGGGGGAGAUGGUGUCCUGCUGGAGGGAGAACUGAUCGAUGUAUCUCGGCACAGCAUCUUGGACGCUCAUGGCAGGAAGGAGCGCUACUAUGUGCUGUAUAUCCGGCCCGGUCACAUCCAUCGCCGUAAAUUCGACGCCAAGGGAAAUGAAAUCGAGCCCAACUUCAGCGCCACCAGGAAGGUGAACACGGGCUUCCUCAUGUCAUCCUACAAGGUGGAAGCCAAGGGGGACACUGACAGGCUCACGCCUGAGGCGCUGAAGGGGCUGGUCAACAAGCCAGAGCUGCUGGCACUGACAGAGAGCCUCACCCCCAACCACACAGUGGCGUUCUGGAUGCCCGAGUCGGAGAUGGAGGCAAUGGAGCUCGAGCUGGGGGCCGGGGUACGGCUGAAGACUCGGGGCGAUGGUCCCUUCCUGGAUUCACUGGCCAAACUUGAGGCUGGAACAGUGACAAAGUGUAAUUUCGCUGGUGAUGGAAAGACAGGGGCAUCCUGGACAGACAACAUCAUGGCCCAAAAGUGUUCGGAGCGGGCUGCAGCGGAGAUCCGAGAGCAGGGGGACGGGGCAGAGGACGAGGAGUGGGAUGACUGAGGGAUGUGGCUGCCUCCGGGGGCACCAGCACCUUCUGUAGCAUUGUUGAGAAUUUCUUCCAUGAACUUCUACUCUGGAGCUGGAGAGAACAGUCAGCCAAGUCUUACCUGGUUCUUCCCCACAGCCACCUUGGAAUACUCUUUGAACAAGCUCUGCUAAAACCAAACCCAUGACCACUGUGUUGGUGGUGGGGCCCCAUGCUGUGGCUCACGGAGGGCCCCUCCCUGCAUGUGAGUCUAGCCUUCCUAGACAUUACAUGAUGACCCUUUAAAAAAAAAUUAGAGGCCGGGUGUGGUGGCUCAAGCCUGUAAUCCCAGCACUUUGGGAGGCUGAGGCGGGUGGAUCAUGAGGUCAGGAGAUCGAGACCAUCCUGACUAACAUGGUGAAACCCCGUCUCUACUAAAAAUACAAAAAACGGCCGGGCGCGGUGGCUCAAGCCUGUAAUCCCAGCACUUUGGGAGGCCGAGACGGGCGGAUCACGAGGUCAGGAGAUCGACACCAUCCUGGCUAACACGGUGAAACCCCGCCUCUACUAAAAAAUACAAAAAACUAGCCGGGCAAGGUGGCGGGCGCCUGUAGUCCCAGCUACUCGGGAGGCUGAGGCAGGAGAAUGGCGUAAACCCGGGGGGCGGAGCUUGCAGUGAGCUGAGAUCCGGCCACUGCACUCCAGCCUGGGCGACAGAGCGAGACUCCGUCUCAAAAAAAAAAAAAAAAAAAAAAAUACAAAAAACUAGCCUGGUGUGGUGGCGGGCGCCUGUAGUCCCAGCUACUCGAAGGCUGAGGCGGGAGAAUGGCGUGAACCUGGGAGGCGGAGCUUGCAGUGAGCCGAGAUCGCGCCACUGCACUCCAGCCUGGGCGACACAGCGAGACUCCGUCUCAAAAAAAAAAAAAAAAAAAUUAGAGAUGGAGGUCUCACUGUGCUGCCCAGGCUGGUCUCAAGUUCCUGGACUCAAGCGAUCCACCCACCUCCACCUCCCAAGGUGGUGGGAUUACAGGUGUGAGCCACCGCACCCGGCCUCAUGUUGACCCUUGCCCUGGAUAGCAGCCUGGUUUUUGGAGGCAGGUGGUGGGAGAGACCCUAGGGCAGCCGGAGAGUAACUGGACCUGGUAUUGGUGCAGAAUGGGGAAUAUCCCUUGUCUAAAUGCAGAGCAGCUGAGAGAAGUUAGCGGGGCUCUUCCUCUGUUCUCAUUGUUUCCUGCUUUCCUUCCCCACCGGCCCCCUCCUUAGCACUCCAUAUUGUAGCCUCUACUAUCCAGCUUCAAGCCUCUGUGUCCCCUGUACCUUCCCCCCGCCUCCCAAGUUGCCAGGUCUUUAUUCCCCCAUUGAUCCCAUGCCACCUCGGGGGUUCCUGUCGUGUGACAUCCCUGGCUGCUUUCCUGGUAGAUGGCAUUCCCAGAGAGGCCAACAGCGUUCCCAGAGAGGCCAACAGUGUUCCUAGGUGUGGCUGGCUGGUCUGCAUCUCUCAGACUCACUCUGCCAGGCUACAGUUUUGAGAAUACCUUUUUUGUUGUUGUUUUAUACCUGGAGGACUUUUUAUGAAUGAGCAAAUCUUCAGAAAGGAAUUCCUCCACCCUUACUGGGUUAUUGUCAGGUGUAAACAGCCUUUCAGCUGAGCAAUGUUCCUAGGAGAAGGAAGCCAUUUAUCUUGGGUCGUGAACAUUGCCUUUUUGGGUGGUAUACCCACACCCAGAUCUGUGAAGAGACCUGGAGUUGAAGUCUCCAUGUCAUCAGGACUUUGGCAUGUGGAUCUUGCUUGACUUGGGAAAAGAGAGGGUGGUGGUGAACUAAUAAUUAUGGAGUGCCCCUAAUGUGUCAAACACAAUGCUGGAUGAUUUCCAUGAUAAUAAUGACUCAUACUUGUGCUAAGCACUUGCGAUAUCUUACUUGUCACAACAGUCCGUGAGGUACUGAUUAUCCCCAUUUUUUCAUGAGACUAAAGCUCAGAGCUCUAGGAUAGUAUACAGUGGCAAGAGGAAUUUACACCCAAGCACCCAGAUUUCAAAGCCCACAUUCUUAACUACUGGACUAUUCAUAUUACAGAGCAGGAAAAGGGUCUCAGAGAGGUUAAGCAACCUGCCCAGAGUCACACAGCUAAUGAGUAGCAGAAUCAGGAUUCAAACCAGAGCUGUCAAAAGCAAAUCUUAUGUUCCUUCCACUGUCCCCUGCUUCCUUACUUUUAAGAAAGGUCUUGGAAACGGGGCCAGAAGAUGUGGUAGCCACUUCACUGGUGUUCUGUGUCUGAAUGGGACUUUCUCACAGGCAGGCCAUGCUGGGACCUCAACCAUGGGGGUGGCCAGGGAGGUGGUUGAGCAGAAGGAUAGCUCGGGACACUGACUGGGGGUAGAGUCACCCAGUGUCUUUAGACAUCCUGCUGUCUAAAGCACUGUGCCCAAAUGGUAUGGCAAACUUAUAUGGACAGGUCACCAUUCCAAACAAGGAGGCCCAGUGUGUCAAUAGGAGAGGUCCUAAAGCAACAAAAAAGGCGGGGUGUCUUGGAGGGGCUUCAGAAAGGGAAAGGCCAUUGUGUCUGGAGCUCAGAGAAUGGGGGCUGGUGUUUGAAAUGAAGCUGGAGAUUGGGCAUGGCAUCCUCACGCAUUUGGGGACUUUACCCUUAACAUCCUGGAAGCCAGUGAUACCAUGAAGAGUGAGAUCUGAUCUAUGUUUCAAAGGUCACUUGACUACAGAGCAACUGGAGGUGAGGAGCUCCUUUAGGAGACUGCUGCAGUUGCCUGGGUGAGAGGCUAGAGGGUUUGGGCUAUAGCAGUGGCAGGGGAGAUGACAAGAAGAGAAUGGUUUCAGGGGCAUUCAGGGGGCAAAAUCAACAGGACCUGGGGGGAGACGAAGGGGUCAAGAAUGAUGCCCAGAUUCUGGGUGAGUGGCAGUGCUGUGGUGCACAAGUAGUGAUGUUAUGGUUCUGGGUGACCUGCUGUUUAGGAGGAGCCCAGCCUGUGGCUAAGAAGUAUAGAGAACUGAAACCAGCUCCCUAGGGAUGGGAAAACCAAGUGGGCUGAUGGUAAGAACAGGGCCCCAGGGCCGGGUGCAGUAGCUCACGCCUGUAAUCUCAGCACUUUGGAAGGCUGAGGUGAGCAGAUCACUUGAGGUCAGGAGUUCGAACGCAGCCUGACCAACACAGCGAAACCCCAUCUCUACCAAAAAAUACAAAAAGUAGCCGGGCAUGGUGGCACGUGCCUGUAGUUCCAAUGCCUUGGGAGGUUGAGGCAUGAGAAUUUCUUGAACCCAGCAGGUAGAGGUUGCAGUGAGCUGGGCGACAGAGUGAGACUCUGCCUCAAAAAAGGAAAAAAAAGAAAGAAAGAAUAGGGUCCCAGGCUCAGCAGGUAGGGAAACUGAUGCAAAAUCCUAUUCCCUAGGGCUAGGGACUAUGAAGGGAGAAGAUGGGAAGCUGCUGUGGCUCAGAGGCUGCAUGGGCAUCUACAUGGGCAGAUGGUGAGGCCAAAGCCCCUGAUUUUGCUGCACCUCCUGCCCUGGUCAGGACUGGCUCAGGCAUUAGGGCAGGCCCAGCCAGGGCAGGAGCCUUCCUAGAUACACUUGUGGGGAGCUGAGCAAAUAUGGCAGGGCUGAAACCUUGCUUUCAGGGGCCCCCAUGUGGCUGGCAGGGGCAGCUUUCAGAAGCUAGACUGGAGCCUAUUACUCCCCAUAUGGAAAGUUCAAAUUCCUUAAUACAACUCAGAGCUCAUCACAACGUCACAACCCUCCUCUCUUGGCUCGCUUCCUCCUUAAGAACUCUGCGGCGAUCCCUUCAGACCAGCUCGAGGGAUAUUCCACAGGUUGUUAAUAGGGCUAGAAACAAAAAGCGGUGGUGUUUCUAUGAUCUAAUUUGUUGGGACAAACGUAAUGUUAAACUCAAACAUUUCUGUAGGAUUUCCCAGAGCUUUUACUAUACUAACAUUUACUGUAACUCUUCAGGACAGGGUAUGAUUAAGUAUUUCCCACAUUUCUUUGGUCAUAGAACCCGUUUUUGUGAGGAGCAUUUCAUGGGACAGCUGCUCUGAGAAACAGUUUGGGAAGGGCUGUGUUGGUCCCAUGGAGGGGCUGGCUGUUUCCGAAGCAGGCCACUCUCCCACUUCCAUCGCCUUGCCUGGACUCUUUUCUUAUUGGGAGGUGCCUUUCCUCUAUCCAUCUGAAUUUCUUUUCUUCCACCAGUGUCCAGCUUGCCUUUCACCAUGGGCCUAAUGAUGGAAAUUGACAGUUAUUUUGUAUCUUCAAACAGAACCAAGAAAAUCCUCUGAGCUUCAUUCAUAUGGGAAUUUUUUUUUUUUUUUUUUUUUUGAGAUGGAAUUUCACUCUUAUUGCCCAGGCUGGAGUGCAAUGACUCAAUCUCGGCUCACUGCAACCUCUACCUCCCGGGUUCAAGAGAUUCUCUUGCCUCAGCAGGAGUAUUACCAUAAUCCCAAGUAGCUGGGAUUAUAGGCAUGUGCCACCACACCCAGCUAAUUUUGUAUUUUUAGUGGAGAUGGGAUUUUAUCAUGUUGGGUAGGCUGGUCUUGAACUCCUGACCUCAGGUGAUCCAUGCUCCUCGGCCUCCCAAAGUGCUGGGAUUACAGGCAUGAGCCACUGUGCCCGAACGAUAUAGGAAGAAUUUUUGAGGGACUAAACUAAUCUCCAUAAAUAGCAAUGCACUUAGGAAAUAUAUUUAAAGGGGAAAAAAACUCAUAGUUUCACUCAGUCAUGUUCAUAAUUUUUAGUGUUUGGGUUUUUUAGCAUGUAAUUUGUGUACAUGGUUUUGGUUUCUGUAAACUUGCAUAGGGGUUUUCUGGUACAAACUGGAAAACCUGCUAGACAAAUUCUAAAACAUCUGUAAUACUUGUACAUAGUUGUUGUAACACUAUGCCCACACAUAAAAUUUGAUACUACUU